AUGUCAUAUCCAGAAAAAUUCCAAGGUAUUGCCGUGUUGGACCACAAGGACUGGAAGAACGUCAAGAAAACCGAAUAUUCUCCAAAGAAGUUUGGCGACCACGACAUCGACAUCAAGAUCGAAGCAUGUGGUGUGUGCGGUUCUGACGUACAUUGCGCUAGCGGUAAUUGGGGGGACACGCCAAAACCUUUGGUUGUUGGACAUGAAAUAAUCGGGACCAUUGUCAAGAUGGGACCCAAGUGUAACAGCGGUUACAAGAUCGGUGACCGUGUCGGGAUGGGUGCACAAGCCAUGUCCUGCCUGGAGUGCGAUCGUUGCAUCAACGAUAACGAGCCAUACUGUGCCAAAGUGGUUUGCACGUAUGCUAAUCCAUACGAAGAUGGAUACUCUUCCAGAGGCGGGUAUGCCAACUAUGUGAGAGUCCAUGAACAUUUCGCAGUGCCAAUCCCGGAAUCGAUUCCCUCCCACCUGGCGGCCCCAUUAAUGUGCGGCGGGUUGACAGUGUUUUCACCAUUGAAGAGAAACGGUUGCGGACCAGGUAAGAAAGUCGGGAUAAUUGGUAUUGGUGGUAUCGGACAUAUGGGGAUCAUACUGGCUAAAGCCAUGGGUGCCGAGGUUUACGCCAUCUCCAGAACAUCAAAGAAAAGGGACGACGCAAUGAAGUUGGGAGCGGAUCACUUCAUCGCUAUAAAAGAGGAACCCGACUGGCACAAGGAAUAUUUCGAUAAGCUAGACCUCGUCGUAAUUUGUGCAGGGUCGCUGACCGAUAUUGACUUCAACACACUACCAAACAUUCUAACCGUGGGUGGGCGAAUCGUUUCGAUUGCCAUCCCAGAGCAGCACGAGGUUUUGAAGAUGAAACCCUUUGGUCUUGUUGGUGUCUCCAUCUCAAACAGCUUCUUGGGUUCGAUGACCGAGCUGAAACAGUUACUCAAGCUGGCUGCAGAAAAGGAGGUGAAGCUAUGGGUCGAAACUGUUCCAAUUGGCGAAAAGGGCGUCAAAGAAGUGUUCACCAGAAUGGAGAAAGGUGACGUACGUUACAGGUUUGCCCUAACCGACUUCGACAAAGAGUUCUCCUGA